CAAAAACAUUGAAUUGAACAUGCUGCCUUUGCUUUGCCGCAUUUGUUGCAAAAGUUAUGAAUUGAUGUUUAUUUAAUUACACAGAAGAAAUAUAAAAACAAAAUGAAAUUUAAUUACAAGUUUCAAAAUCUCCUGGGCACGGUGUACCGCCGCGGCGAUAUUCUGUUCAUGAACAAUGGCAACUGUGUAGUCAGCCCGGUGGGAAACAAAAUAACUAUAUACAAUCUUAUACAAAACAAAAGUGCAACCCUGCCUGUGGAAAGUCACUACAACUACACAGCUUUAGACAUCUCUCCCAAUGGUUCUAUAUUGCUAGCAGUUAAUGAACAGGGUGAAGCGCAAAUGAUAAGUCUUCAAACAUGCAAUGUGGUGCACAGAUACAAGUUCAAACAGGAGGUGGUUGCUGUUCGCUUUAGUCCGGAUGGGAAAUACUUUGCUGCCUGUUGCGCUGAAACUGUGUUCAUAAUGACGGCGCCCUGCCACUUCACGGGCGAGUUCCGCUCGUUCGUGAUGAAGCGUGUAUUCCGUAAGGCCCGCGACGACGUCACGUGCCUGGACUGGUCGGCGUGCUCCCGUCUCCUGGCCGUCGGUUCUAAAGAUACCUCUACUAAGAUAUACACAGUUGAUUACUUGGACAAUCUCAAUAUGUACUCGUUGGGCGGACAUACCGAUAAGAUAGUCGGCGUGUUCUUCGAAAAGAAAAGUCUCGAUCUAAUAACAGUGAGUCGUAACGGCCAAGUCUGCCUCUGGGAGGCGAACAUAGACGUUGACGAUCUCAUCACUUCCGGUGUCCAGAUCUCUCAUAGAAAGAGACGGAAAUUAGAGGAGAGUGAUGGAGAAGAUGACGUGGACAGUAAGAAGAUUGUAGAGAAAGAGGAUAAGGAUCAGGAAAGUGAGAAUGACGAAGAAAUGGAAGACAAAGCGAAAAGUAGCACAUAUGAGAAGAGACUGCUGUACAAGAAGCUAGGCCGGCACUACAUCGGGGACGCCAUUCGCAGCGCCCACCACAAAGUCAAGCUAUCCGCCGCGCAGUACCACAAGGAGAAUAAACUGCUUGUCACAGGUUUCACAAACGGCAUGUUCUUUCUACACGAGAUGCCGGACGUGAACCUGAUCCACACGCUCAGUAUAUCGGAGCACCGCAUCAGCAGCGUGGCCGUGUCCGGUCCGGGCGACUGGAUCGCGUUCGGGUGCCCUAACAUCGGACAGCUACUCGUCUGGGAGUGGCAGAGCGAGCAGUACGUUAUGAAGCAGCAAGGACACUCCCUGGACAUGACCUGUCUCGCUUACUCUCCGGACGGCCUGUACAUAGUCACUGGCAGCUAUGAUGGGAAGGUGAAAGUAUGGAACACGACGACCGGCUUCUGUUUCGUGACGUUCAGCGAGCACACGUCAUCAGUGACGGGCGUGAUUUUUAGCGCCAACAAGAAAUUCUUCGUGUCCAGCUCGCUCGACGGCACCGUGCGGUGCUACGAUCUCACCAGAUACCGCAACUUCCGCACACUGACGUCGCCGAGCCUCGUGCAGUUCAGCUGCGUGGCGUUAGACUCCAGCAGCGAGCUGUGCGCCGCGGGCGGCCAGGACGUGUUCGAGAUAUUCCUGUGGUCCGUCAAGUUUGGGAAGCUGUUGGAUGUAUUGGGAGGCCACGAAGCUCCGGUGUCCAGUUUAGCCUUCAAUCCGGUUUUGUCGAGCACUCGUCUCGCCUCGGCAAGUUGGGACAAGACCGUCCGUCUCUGGAACUGUAUAGAGAACAGCUCUGAGAGCGAAACUAUACAGAUGACUUCCGACGCACUGCAAGUCGCGUUCAGGCCUGAUGGGGAACAGAUAGCAGUGUCAACGCUUGACGGCGCCAUCACGUUCUUCGAUGCGACAACCUGCGAGCAAACGGGCAGUAUAGAGGGUCGGAUCGACCUGGCAUCGGGCCGGGGCGACCGCGACUUGGUCACACCACAGCAGAUGCUUAAAACCAAGGCGUUCACAACAAUAUGCUACUCUGCAGACGGCCAGUGCGUCCUCGGCGCCGGCAACGCUAAGUACGUGUGCCUCUACAGCGUGAAGGAGUCUAUACUCAUCAGGAAAUUCACCAUCACGCAGAACAGGUCCCUCGAUGCGAUCAAUGAUUACAUCAACCGCCGUCACCUGACGGAGUUCGGAAACAUGGCGCUGGUGGAAGACAGGACGCACCUGGAAGGCGGCGAUGUGGCCAUCCGACUGCCUGGCGUGAAAGAGGGUGAUAUGGCUGACAGAAAUGUCAAACCUGAGGUACGCGUCCACUGCCUGCGUUUCUCGCCUACUGGCGAGAGCUUCGCUUGCGCGGCCACUGAGGGCUUAUACCUGUACAGUCAGAAUGCCGGCAUUGAUGGGACUUUCAGGCCAUACCGAUUGGAAGCCGACUCGACGCCAGGCGCGGUGAAACAGAAAUUAUCUGAGCGCUCUUGGGGCCCGGCCUUAGUGAGCGCACUGCAGCUCAACGAACAUACCCUCAUCAGGGAGUGCGUGGAGUCUGUGCCGAGCAUAGAUAUCGAACUGACAGUGACGUCACUGGAUGAGGAUUACGCUCACCGCCUCACCUCCUCCAUCGCCCACCUCAUCGAGGAGAGUCCGCACCUCGAACACCUGCUGAUAUGGACCAAGUGUAUUCUGACCCAGAAGAAUAAAUUCCCGCAAAGCGCUUUGCUGGCUCUUGAAAAGGCGCUCACGGUCAAGUACUCGCAGCUGAGCAAAAUAUGUGACUUCAACAAAUACACAAUUCGGUGUAUUAAAACAGUGGGCGAAAUCACAGCGAAACAAGAGGCUGAAAUGGAAAUAGAUAACGAAGACAACUCCAGUGGCCGCGGGUCGCUCUCUGAUUCUGAUUAAUUCAUACAUUUUUAUAAGA